CCCGGCGGCGGCGGCGCCGCCGCGUCGUCCAUGGCGGAGCCCGCGCUCGCCGCGCGCAUCCGCCUCGAGGAGAAGCUCCACGGCCUCUCCAGGUGGAGCAGACUUCCAUGUAACAACCGCGGGGAUCAGAACUCACGGCCGGCAGCCCCGGGGCCGAGCCGGAGGGCGACCGCGGAGUUACCGGCGCGAAAUCCGGGAGUGGUAGGAGGAGGCGCGCGUCCGGUGGCGAGGACGUCCUCGCGGACGUCAGAGGUGUGCGCGGUGUGCCUGGAGGAGGUGGAGGCGGAGGCGGCGGAGCAGACGCGGGUGACGCGGCUGCCGUGCUCUCACCGCUACCACUCCGACUGCGUCCUCCCGUGGCUCGCCGCCCACCCCGACUGCCCCUGCUGCCGCGCCUCCGUCGGCCCUCCCCCUUCUCUCCACGUGCCCUCUUAGCGCAGGAUCUUGUUGCGCUGAAAAAUGUAUGAAACUUAUAGCUGAACUAUAUAUAGCUAGCAUUCAAUGGUACAGAUGUGCGAACUUUAAAAAUUGGUUAAA